AUGCGACCCAUCCCAUCCAGAUUUAGCUAUCUGUUAUUACAGGUAUUUGUAUUUUGCUACAAUGCUCAGGUAACCAACCAGUCCCCGCCUAAUUUCACGCAGCAUGUAAGCGAGCAGAGUAAAGGGACGGACCGCGUGAGCCGCAGGUUGAUCCGUACCUACCAGCUAUACAGCCGGACCAGCGGCAAGCACGUCCAGGUCUUGCCCAACAAGAAGAUCAACGCCAUGGCCGAGGAUGGAGACGUGCACGCUAAACUCAUUGUGGAAACGGACACAUUUGGGAGCCGAGUACGCAUUAAGGGGGCUGAGACAGGCCUCUACAUCUGCAUGAACAAGAGGGGGAAGCUCAUCGGCAAGAAAAAUGGCCAUGGCCGUGACUGUAUCUUCACUGAGAUUGUUCUGGAGAAUAACUACACAGCGCUCAGAAACGGCAACUAUGAGGGAUGGUAUAUGGCCUUCACCCGCCGCGGGCGGCCACGGAAGGGCUCACGUACGCGCCAGCACCAGCGUGAAGUACAUUUCAUGAAAAGGUUGCCAAAGGGGCAGCAGCCUGCUCACCCAAGCUACCAACGGCCUUUUGACUUCAUCCACUACUCAUUCAGUCAAAGGACUAAACGUACACGAUACUCAUUAGAGGAGUAA